AAUUAACUGGCAUGCGUUCGGAGGAUUAAUGAUUCACUGUAAGUGUGUGUGUGUGUGUGUGUGUGUGUGUGUGUGAGUGUGUGUGUGAGUGUGUGAGUGUGUGUCUUUGUCUUUGCUCCCCCUCUCCUCAGUGUUGUAUAUAUAUGACUGGCUGUCCCACACAAUGAGCAGAACACUGAUGAUCCUCCUCAUCCUCACUGACUGAUGAAGAGCUGCUGAAUCUCUCCUACAUUCACUUCUACACUAAAGGGCUCUUUACCGCGGUAAACGCAUCAUGCCUCCCCAGCUGCAGUCGCAGAACCGGCCCGCGGCCCGAGUCCUGCAGGGCGACCUGGCGUCUCUGAGUCCGGCGCUGCGAGAGUUCGUCGAGAACAGUGUGAACCUGUGCCAGCCGGACGCGCUGCACAUCUGCGACGGCUCCGACGAGGAGAACCGCGCCGUCCUGCGCCUGCUGGAGGAACAGGGCGUCAUCAAGAAACUACACAAAUACAACAACUGCUGGCUGGCGCGCACAGACCCGCGGGACGUGGCUCGAGUCGAGAGUAAGACGGUCAUCGUGACUCCGGAGCAGCGAGACACGGUUCCUUCGCCGCGAGGAGGAGGCGUCAGUCAGCUCGGCCGCUGGAUGUCACCGGAGGAAUGGGACAAAGCCAUGAACCUGCGCUUCCCCGGAUGCAUGAAAGGUCGGGUCAUGUACGUGAUCCCGUUCAGCAUGGGUCCGGUCGGUUCUCCGCUCUCUAAGAUCGGCGUGGAACUGACCGACUCUCCGUAUGUUGUGGCCAGCAUGAGGAUCAUGACCCGCGUGGGCAAAGCUGUGCUGAACGCACUCGGGAACGGAGAGUUCGUGAGAUGCCUGCACUCGGUCGGCUGCCCACUUCCCCUCAGGAAGCCGCUGGUGAAUAACUGGCCGUGUAACCCGGAUCUCACCCUGAUCGCUCACAUCCCCGACCAGAGGAAGAUCGUGUCGUUCGGCAGCGGUUACGGUGGAAACUCACUGCUGGGAAAGAAGUGCUUCGCUCUUCGAAUCGCGUCCCGCAUCGCUAAAGAGGAGGGCUGGCUGGCCGAACACAUGCUGAUUCUGGGCAUCACUAACCCGGCGGGACAGAAGAAGUACUUUGCGGCGGCGUUCCCGAGCGCCUGUGGAAAGACCAACCUGGCCAUGCUGAACCCGUCGCUGCCGGGCUGGAAGGUGGAGUGUGUCGGAGACGACAUCGCCUGGAUGAAGUUUGACAAAGAAGGGAAUCUCAGAGCCAUCAACCCAGAGAACGGUUUCUUCGGUGUGGCACCAGGAACCUCCACCAAGACCAACCCCAACGCCAUGGACACCAUCCGCCAGAACACCAUCUUCACCAACGUGGCCGAGACCAGCGACGGAGGCGUUUACUGGGAAGGCAUGGAUGAGGAACUGCCGGAGGGAGCGACACUGACGUCCUGGAAGAACCGGCCGUGGACACCAGAGGACGGUGAACCGUGCGCUCAUCCCAACUCUCGCUUCUGCACUCCGGCCGCUCAGUGUCCCAUCAUCGACCCGCAGUGGGAGUCUCCCGAAGGCGUUCCCAUCGAGGCUGUGAUCUUCGGCGGUCGUCGGCCGCAGGGCGUACCCCUGGUCUACGAGGCCUUCGAUUGGUCGCACGGAGUGUUUGUGGGAGCCGCGAUGAGAUCUGAAGCCACGGCCGCCGCCGAACACAAAGGUAAAGUGAUCAUGCACGACCCGUUUGCCAUGCGGCCGUUCUUCGGCUACAACUUCGGUCAGUAUCUGUCUCACUGGUUGAGUAUGGAGCAGCGCCCCGCCGCCAAACUGCCCAAGAUCUUCCACGUCAAUUGGUUCCGCAAGAGCUCGUCCGGACGCUUCCUGUGGCCCGGAUACGGCGAGAACAUCCGCGUGCUGGAGUGGAUGUUCCGCAGGGUCAGCGGCGAGGCCGGAGCGAUGCCCAGCGCCGUCGGGUACGUGCCCUCCGCCCUGAACCUCAGCGGCCUGCCGGAGGACGUGGACCUGCAGGAGCUCUUCCACAUCUCAGCAGACUUCUGGUCUCAGGAGGUGGAGGAGAUCCGAGCGUACUUCCAGCGCGAGGUCAAUGACGACCUGCCCGGAGAGAUGGAGAGACAGCUGGAGCUGCUGGCUCAGAGAGUGAGACAACUGUGAGAAACACCAGAGCAGAUUUAAAUCUAUUCAUCAGACAUCUUAUUUUAGAAAUUUUUAGAGCUUUUUUUAGUAUUUUUAGUCCUCUGAUCAGUGGCUGAUCACUUGUUUGUUAUCACGGAGAAAAAAAGGUAAUAGCUCAUUUUUAUCUUGCAAUUCUGCCUUUUUUUCUGGGAAUUGUGAGACAUAAACUCUUCAGAAUUUUAUUAAAUUCUGAGAAAACAAAUUCAGAAAAAGAGAUUUGAGCCUUUAAUUUUUCAGCUGACAGAAGAUCUGAUGACGUCUAUGAAGAUGUAAAGAAAGGAAAUUAAAGAACCGUUUGUUAUUUAACCUUAUAAAUUAUUGAUGCAAAAUGUCCAACUACAUGUUCACAUUUAUAUAUUCAGACGGAGGGUUUAUAGCGGAAAACUUUAAACUGUUUGCAACCAUUUCAUUUUUCGAAACGUCUUAAAUUAUUUUUGUAUUUCUAUGACUUUUGAUGCAUGUCUUAUUAUAUCUAGAUAUUAAUAAUAAAGUUAUUUAAAUGUA